CUGCGAGUUUAUGUUUAAAAUAAUUCUAACCAUAUCCUUGUUGUUGAUUACUGUUUAGAUAGAACACGAAUGGAACAUAAAACGCUCAUAAAUAUUCAACUUAGACCACCGGCAUCCUAGCAGUUCAAAUAGUUAACGACGUGAAAGUUGUGGCAAAUGGGCGAAAUGGUGCUUUUAGAGUCCUCCGCUUGGGAAGACUUAGCCAACAUUCCCGCUGAUCCACCCAAGAUGAGGCCUAUGUGUUCCAAUUGCUGUCGACCCGCGGCGGUUUGCUGGUGCUCAGCUCUACCACCGGUGCCACUUGAUCCUAGUGGUCGCAUUGUCCUUCUGCAGCACCCUGCGGAAGAAAAGCGCUCUCUGCGUACGGCGCCAAUGCUGUCGGUGGGACUCACUCCCGGAAAAUGUCUCAUUUAUAAGGGCAAAAAGUUUCCACGUCACGAUCAGGAGCUGGAAUCCAUCCUCGCCGACAAGCGAUCGCUGCUUCUCUAUCCUAGCGCAGAAUCCGUUCCAAUCGAGCAAAUCGACCCUAGCGAGGGCCCAUACAACUUGAUUUUAAUCGAUGGUACGUGGCCUCAGGCGAAAGCCAUCUACAGUAGCUCCAGCGUUUUGCACGGCAUGCGGCAAGUGAAGCUUGUAUCGUCCGGUACAAGCAGCUACAUUAUCCGGACGCAGCCAACCGAGGGAUGCCUUAGCACUCUGGAAACAGCCAUCGAAGCCCUCAGCAUCCUCGAACGGGACGAACGGUACCGAGAGCAACUGCUACAGCCGCUCCACGUGUUGUGCCAAUUCCAACUAGCAAACGGGGCCGUCACGCAUCAAUCGAAAGAGUUUCUCAUUCGCCACAACCAGUACCCCAAGCUCAUCGGGCGGAGAUUGAAUCGGUUGCUGCGGCGAGCCGAAUAUUUAAAAGAGGACACGCCUGACUGCGAAGCUGAAUCCGAGGAUACACAAGGAACGUAGUGUGACACGCGAGAGAGUCUGCGGCGGUUUUACCUUUUAGUGUUUUUAUUAUACCACUUUAUAUUGUACUGAUUUCGUAACAUAAAAUAGAGCAUAGCUUUAUUAUGUGUA